AUGAGUUGGGUUGGGUUCAAGAAGGCGAUAAAUAGGGCUGGUAACAGUGUGAUUGUGAAGAGCGUGGACAAGACGCCCGAUAAGGAGUUCGACUUGGAGGAGCGGCGCUACAGGGUGUUGCAGAGGGCUGGUGACGAGUUGCAGAAGGAGGCGAAGGGGUACCUGGACUCGAUACGGGCUGUGACUGCGUCGCAGGUGACCAUUGCGGAGGUUAUCUCCAGCUUGUAUGACGACUCGAAGUAUAUCAGCGGGGGUGGGUACAAUGUGGGGAACUACUACUUGCAAAGUGUGCAAGAUUUUGAUUCCGAGACGGUGAAGCAGUUGGAUGGGCCGUUCAGGGAGACCGUUUUGGAUCCGAUCACCAAGUUUUCCUCGUACUUUAAGGAGAUUGACGAGGCGAUAAAGAAGAGAAGCCACAAGAAACAGGACUACGAUGCUGCGAAGGCGAAAGUGCGUAGGAUGAUCGACAAGCCGGCGAAGGAUGCGUCUAAACUGCCCAAGGCGGAAAGAGAGUUACAAAUCGCAAAGGAUAUCUACGAUAAUUUGAACGACCAGUUGAAGAUGGAACUACCACAGCUUGUGUCGCUACGGGUGCCGUACUACGACCCAAGUUUCGAGGCGCUGGUCAAGAUCCAGAUGCGGUUCUGUACGGAGGGGUACACCCGUUUGGCACAGAUCCAGCAGUACCUGGACCCGCAAUCGAGAGACGACUAUGCCAAUGGGUUGCUGGACGACAAGAUCGCCGAUUUGUUGAAACAGAUGGCGACGCUGGAUAUAUGUGCUCUUGGGUUCAAGUGA